GUACUUUUAAGAGGUCUAUCACAGAUGAGACGCUUGUUAUGGUUGCUCUUCCUAUCCGUGAUCGCCUCAAUUCGUAUUUCGGAAAAAGACAAUCAGCAAUUGAAGAAAGCAUGCCUGGCCAAAAUCUUCAGAAGAAACUCCAAAUAUAAAUCAUUUGGAGGACGAUCUGUACAGAGCAACGAGUUUCCCUGGUUAGUCAGCUUGCUUUAUCGUGACAAAGAAGGAGACAAGCUUAGAGGAGAGAAACUGGAAGAAGAAAACAAGUUGAAAAAAGAGAAAAUGCUCCUAUGCAGUGCUGUGCAGAUAUCUCCAAUGCAUGUGUUGACAGCUGCACACUGUGUCCUGUCUUUCGAUCCCAGCGAAUUCAAGAACGCUUGUGAAAAGACGAUGGAGUUUACGGGUGGAAAGAUGCUGAACAUAAGCAACUUCCACCUUUACAUUGGCAGCAGUUGCGUACAUCCCACACUAUGCCACCAAGAUGAAACUCCUGUCAAGAUCAUCGUACGUGAUCAUUGGGGCAAAUGUGAUGGUUCGUCGGAUUUGGCUAUACUGGAGUUGCAAAAAAGCCCGUAUAGACCGGACCCGAUUUGCAUGCCAGAACAUGACACUAAAUUGGAUUGGCUUCUCAGGAGUGCCGGUAUUGGAAGGGACCCUACAAAACCUGCGAAGGAGUCUAACACGCUACAAACGAUAACACUCACUGAAAAUAAGACAAAUACGAAUCCUAACCUCAUCAAGACGUUUAGUCCAACAUCCUCACUAUGUUACGGCGACAGCGGAGGUCCCCUGUUCCAGUACAAUGCUGCUAGGAAGUAUAUGCUUGUAGGAAUAGCCUCGCUUUCUACUAGCUGCGAAAAGAAACUUGAACUCCGAAAGACCUACUUUGUGGAUGUGCGCAAGCAUCUCUCAUGGGUUUGCGAAGUGACAGGAGUAUGUCCGCUGUCAAAGCCUGCAACUGUUGCAAAAUGAGAGAAGAGUCAACCAGUCAAGCGAUAUUCACUGUCAAAAUCUACAACUACUGUUAGAAGAGUCAUAGUAUUGUCAUCAACUCAGGCAAAACAUCUGCUACUGUUCCGUUAAACCUGUGACAAUAAAAAUUACU